AUGAACAUCCUUGCAGCAGUCUUUAAAAUGAACGACUUCCUAUUCCCCAUCUAUUCUGUUAUCCAUCACUGUUUAUAUCUAUCUACCCUUGCUGUUUAUAUCUACCUGUUGCUGUUUACACCUAUCUACACGUUUCUGAUUAUAUCUCUAUCUGUUCCUGCUUCUGUCUAUCUAUCUAACCGCUUCUGUUUAUAUCUUUCUAUCUAUCCGUCUCUCUAUUUUUAUAUCUAUCUAUCUAUUUUUAUAUCUAUCUAUUUUUGUAUCUAUCUAUCUAGUUUUAUAUCUAUCUAUUUUUAUAUCUAUCUAUCUCUGUUUAUAUCUAUCUCUGUUUAUAUCUAUCUCUGUUUAUAUCCAUCUAUCUCUGUUUAUAUCUAUCUAUCUAUCUAUCUCUGUUUAUAUCUAUCUCUGUUUAUAUCUAUCUCUGUUUAUAUCUAUCUCUGUUUAUAUCUAUCUCUGUUUAUAUCUAUCUCUGUUUAUAUCUAUCUCUGUUUAUAUCUAUCUAUCUAUCCAUCUAUCUCUGUUUAUAUCUAUCUAUCUAUCCAUCUAUCUCUGUUUAUAUCUAUCUAUCUAUCCAUCUAUCUCUGUUUAUAUCUAUCUAUCCAUCUAUCUCUGUUUAUAUCUAUCUCUGUUUAUAUCUAUCUCUGUUUAUAUCUAUCUAUCCAUCUAUCUCUGUUUAUAUCUAUCUAUCUAUCCAUCUAUCUCUGUUUAUAUCUAUCUAUCUAUCCAUCUAUCUCUGUUUAUAUCUAUCUAUCUAUCUAUCUAUCUCUGUUUAUAUCUAUCUAUCUAUCUAUCUAUCCAUUUCUGUUUAUAUCUAUCUGUUUCAUCUUAUAUCUAUCUACCCGUUUCUGUAUUUCUCUCUGUUUACCCGUUUCUGUAUAUCUAUCUAUCUACCCGACUGUUUAA